AGCAGACCCAGAAAUGUAGCACAGGCCUAUCAGGAAGGCUUAAGGAAACAGUUGCCAGCGGCUAGCUCUGAACCAUCUCUCUUGAUCCGUGAUCUUCAGUCUUUGUCCCCCCCUUCUCUACCACCAAAGAAAGGAAGAACACAAGCAAAACAGGGAGAGUUUCAGCUGAAAAAGAUCUUUAACGGAUGUCCACUGAAAAUCCAUUCCGCAACUACCUGGAGGCAUCCAACAACAAAAGAUAUGCAUGUUAUCCUGGGAGCUGAGCAGGGCAUCUAUACGCUAAACCUCUCAGAGUCACAGGCCUCUCUUGACUUGCUGACCACUGGCUGGACAACUUGG